AUCCAGGUAAAGAAAUCCAUAAUAGAUAAAUAGAUAUGAUGGAGGUGAAGACAAAGCUACGGUUUUGUCUUGUGUUUUCCGUCAUUGCCUUGGUCCUUAAGAUCAUAGUUUUUAUCAGUCCAGGAUGGGUAGUGGUCAAAUCUUACUUCCGUGAUCCAUUACCAACCCAUGUAAUUCAAAAACCAGAACUAGAGAUCGACAGGAGACACGCAAUUUCCAUUUCUUUUGGAGUCUGGUACUACAAGGUGUGUAGACAUGAGAGAAACAAUGAGGAUGGGGAUAAAGAAAAGAUGGAAUCCAUGGAGAAGACAACACCAAAGGACACAAGACGGACAAGUGAAGAAAUUCGGCGUCAUCACAACCACAAGAGACACCACCACAGAUGUUACCAUAGAUGCUACAAGAAAAAGCAACAUGGUCAAAGAAUUGACUAUGUUGGCGAGGACAUUGAUGAAGCCAAGUGGGAAGACAAAACAUUUGAAAAUGAUAUACCAAUAAAUUUUAUUGAGGCAAGAGAGUUUAUCAACACAUCGGUUGAAUUUGCACGCCAUGGACGAUAUGAGUUGACAUGCUAUGUUACCAUUGGCCUCAUUCUGGGAUUAAUUGGUAUGGCUGGUGCCAUUAAGUAUGCACGUGGUGGUGGUGUAGGAAAACAUACUGGAAGACUCGUAUGCUCUACUCAAGUCUUCUCAUCUUUCUUCUACUGGGUUGCCAUUAUCAGAGUUGCUACAUUCGUCAUUCAACUGAGAACUAUUCAGAAGCAUGAAAUUCUUGACGACCACAUGGGUCACGAUGUUUGGUUUUCUGUUCCUUGGUGCCUUAUCGUCGGAGCCAUUGGGGCUAUCGUCAUGGAUAUAUCAGCUUUAUUCCAUCUAAUCAUGAUAUCACGUGACCGGAAGUCUGAUGGGGUAGAAUACUCAUUUCACACAGAGAAACACGGCUCAAGCAAAGUUCCCAUUAUUGCUCCGAGAGGAUAUGAACAACUUGUGGUACCACCACUAUAUACUCAAGGAGAAGUCGGGCCACUUCCCGAAAAACAACCUAUUUCGUAGACUUAUAUUUUUAUUUUGUUGUUGCUUUACAUUUGACUUAUAUUAGAUUAAAUAAUCAUGUACGUGUUAUAAGUAAGGGGACACAGUUGACUUUUCAUAGAUUAUUUUUUGAAAAUUCCACCGUAAUGAACCUUUUUAAUGUGUCAUCCCACACGCUUGAAAUUACAGAUUAUGUUCAUUGCUAUAAUAUUCCUAGUGAAAAGAUAUGCUACACAUAAUAUUUGUCCUAGCCUAAACAGAAGCAUUUUAAAAAUGACUGCCACUUGUCAGCAAAGACUAUUUAUUUGUACUUUUUGUAAUAACAUUGUAAUUUUGUUCAUGUAAAGGAGGAGAAUGGUGAAAUCAGCUGGUCUCAAUAUAGAACUACUACUAUACGAAUUAGUCAAAGAAAUUAAAUGCUUUGUUUUGUAUUAUAAAUUGUUUUAUUUUUU